AUGUUAAUACCUGAUAAGGAAAGCUUGUUUUUUCUGAUGUGUUUAUUUUUACUUACUCAAGCAAAAUCAAAAUUAUGUCACAGAAAAGACGAUUUUAAACUGAUUGAGACGGAGCUAGGAACGAAUCCAAGCGCGACAAUAUGUGUUCACACGACUAACCACAGCCAUCACCAGCCUAUAGUGAGCUACGACAACACCAACUACACAGAAUACACCAACUCUAGCGGGUUCCACUUCACCAUCGACAACAACACAUCCUCACACCAUCUGUACCACCUGCACUUUAAGAACAUCUCAGUGCUGGACUACAGGCUACAUCACGUGAUCAUCUACAACCUGGGCCAGGAGCCGGUGGUGGUGGACGUCUUCAUACAGCCGACAGAUUAUGAUGGCGACUGGUCGAUGUUCCUGGCUGUCUAUCUGACCACUGGAUUUUUCCUGAUGGCAGUACUCACACUGGCAUGUACCCUCCACGAGAAAGGUUAG